GAAUCUCGAUCCAUCAAAGCAGCGGGCGACGGAAUUCGCAUUGGAGCAGUUGUUCUACAGAGUUUCCCGUUCUAAAUUCUGCAUUACGUUUUCGAAAUUACUUCACACAAUCGCAAGUAAAGCGGCAUCAUAAAGCGUAAAUCGGCAGCAUCGGUGAGUUUCUCACACGGACGAAAUCAAAGCUUAGGAAAGUGCUGGGAGGAAUGAGCGACGGUAAAACGAAAAAAGAAGCAACGAAUAAAGAAAUUAUCAACAUGAGUGACGCAGCCGGUUACCUCGAUCGCUUCGUUGGCGAUGUGAGCAAAAAGUCAGCUACCAAACAAAUCCUGAUCGGUGCCGGCAGUGGAUGGGCAACUGGUUACAUCACGAUGAAGGUGGGCAAAAUGGCAGCGAUCGCAGUCGGCGGUGGUAUCAUCCUGCUUCAGAUCGCCAACCAGCAGGGCAUAAUCGCGAUCGACUGGAACAAGGUGCAGAAGAAGGUGGACAAAGUGAGCGACAAGGUCGAAGAAGCUGUCACCGGACAGGGACCGAGCUGGGCCGAUAAGGCCGAACGAUUCGUCGAUCGGAAGUUAAAUCAAGCCGAAGAUGUGCUCAACAAGCGCACGAAAAAGGCCAAAAAGUGGUACACCAAUUUGAUCGGUGACGAAACUGGCUGCAAAGUAAACGAUCUUCACAUCUUCCUCUGUGCCUUUGUUGCCGGUGUGGCUAUCGGCGUCGGUACCGCUUAAACCGAUGUAACAACAACCAAGCUCACUGUGCUUCGAUCGGCUGAAAGCUACAGGAGAGCGUAAUGAAUCCGAAAACAUACUUCUUGCCCAUCAACGGUAUGGUGAGACAUGAACAGCAACGGUGCCCUAAAACUAGUUUUCGUGCAAAUGGCGAAAAAAGGGUGAUGAGGCAAAUCCUAAUAGAGAGACAGCGAGAAUGAAGAAAUUCCAUUAAGCAAAUCAAACCCAAUCGUCAGUUUCAAAACACGUUUCUGAGAC